AUGGAGCACCCACCACCAUCAUCCCCCCAAAACCCUAAUGAAAACCCUAAUCCUCCCGAGCCAGAGAGGGUUGACGGUGAUGCAGAGGGUGCCGAACGAGAAUAUAGUUGCAGUUAUUGUGAUAUGAAAUUUAGAAGCAAGCAGGCAUUGGGAGGGCACCAAAAUGACCACAAGAUGGAGAAAGCUAUCCAAAAAAAUGCCCACAACCUUCAGUCCCCUUUUGGCUAUUUUGCCGGGGUAGGGCUACCAUACACUCCCACAAUGGGGCCUGUCUUGCCAAUUGUUGGAGCUUAUCAGAGACCCUUCCAGGCGCCACAGAUACCUUUGCAACACCCUGGAAUCCAAUUGGGGUUCAAUCCUCGUCAGGCAAUGCAACCGAUCCCCCGAGUGGCCGUACCAUCUCCUCGUAUAGUUGUGCUACCUCCGCCGGCACGCCCACAACCAGGACUCAAUAAUCCCUUUCGUGGGACAGCCCCUGUGCGGAGGAAUGCUGUCCCUUUUAUGGGGUCGGAUUCUUCUUCGGCUACUGGAAAUCAGGGUUUUGAGAACCUUCAGUCUUUUGGUAGUAGAGUUCAUCAGGGCGGUGGGUUUUCCCCGAAAGCACCAAGGAAUGAUGCCGAUGAUCACCCGGAUAUUGAUGACUCUGGCCUUGACUUAUCUCUGAAAUUGUGA